CGAACUCAUGAAUCACUCAUGAUACGUCUGCCAACGGGCCUUGUUCCGUUGGUGGCGGCCUGGGGCCUUCAGAGCGCGCUUCACAGCGGGCUUGUAUGGCUCCAGGCCGACCAACCCACCUCAGCGCUUACUGCGCACGUAGUGCUGUCAAUGUUAACAUUAGUGUUAGUGCUGGCGGCUCUGGCAACGGUUCACCUGAGCUUUGCUCCUCGCGCUAUCAGCCAAAGUUCACAAACGGAAGAGCUACAAAUCUUCAUUAGGCUUCCUUCAGGGCAACUCGUCACGUUCGUGGGACCUGUCGAUGCCACUGUGGGCUCUGUCUUCGACUUUAUCGCUUCCACGACCCUCUUCCAUCUAGAUAACAGCCGGAUAUGGCGCUUGGUCGCGCGCGGCGGCGACACGCUGCUGGAGCGUUCGACCGUGCUGGCACGUCGUGGCCUGGCGUCCGGUUCCGAGCUGCAAGUGCUCGCACGGCUAAUGGGUGGCACUCCAAAGAGAAGGCCAUCAGCACCCUCAGACAACUGGCUCAGCCUCCACCGCUUCACCCGCUUUCGAAACCACUUCGGAGACCCCGUCUACACGUGCACCAACCCUGGAUGCCGUUCGCCAACACAGUUGAAGGAUAGAGCGGCUUGCUCUCGCCACGAAAAAUGCUGUGAGGGUGCACCUCGGGACCUCCCUCUCCCUGCCGGUACCGGUGGCGAAGGCGGCCUAGGAGACGCUGACUUUCCUGAGGGAGGGAGGGAUUCGCCUGCGGGUUCUGUUAGUGAGAGCGACAGCAUGGACACUAACGGUAGCGGCACCGGCAGCGGUAGCGGCACCGGCAGAGGUAGCGGCACCGGCAGCGGUAGCGGCACCGGCAGCGGUAGCGGCACCGGCAGCGGUAGCGGCACCGGCAGCGGUAGCGGCACCGGCAGCGGUAGUGGCACCGGCAGCGGCAGCGGCACCGACGGCGGCGGCGGCGGGAAUGUUGGCAAUGGCAGUGACAGGAGUGGUGGUGGCUACAGUAAUAGCGGCAGCGCCCGGGUGGACAGCGACUACCUAUACUCCGAUGAGGAAGAGGAAGAUGCUGCUGACGCUGAACCGGGUCAUUUCCUGGCGGCAGCUCUACACCGCGUUGUGGCUUCUCUCGACCAGGACGACCCUGCCAACAUCAACACCAUUGAGCUGCUGAAUGCUAUUCUGCAGCAAUUCGGGCACCUGGCGCCUGUUGACGGCGACGGUGAUGCUGAUGACCAAGCCGGUGCGGUUGCCAACGACCUUGCGGCGCAGGGUAUGGUCAUGCAACCCACCAACAUCUCCGAACUACAGCAUGGUGCGCGGUCUGUGCAGCACUUCAAGGGCAUCAUGUCAGAGCCGCUGUGGAGAACAGGCACUCAAUCUGCACCUAUCACUGUGGGGCAGUUUGCUUACGCUUGGAUGAAGGAGAAGAUUGAUGGGCGCGUACGGGAUAAUGUUGCGGACCGUCAGCUGCGUUUCCUUCGUGACGUGUGCUUUCCACCUGGCAAUAACUUGCCCCCGUCGCUGUACAUAAUGAAGAAGAUGUUGGACAUUCCAGACGCACGUGACUUUGAGAAGCACGUUUGUUUGAGCGACAAGUGCUUGUUCCCUGAUUUCCCUCGAGAUGAGUGGCACCAGCACCUGCAAGAUGAGUGCGGCUGCGGCCAUCGACGGUUUAAGCCUGCCCGGCCAGGACACCAACCAGUUCCGAACAAGAGGUUCUACGACUUCGGUGUCGAGAAUGUCGUGCGCGGCAUGUUCAUGGACCCACGGUUCUGCACGUUUCGCGGCACAGGGCGCGACAACAACCCUGACGACUUCUACGGCUCGCGGUACGCGCAAGACAUCAAUGCCAAGACUUCCGGCGAGUUCUUCGAGCCCGACAGCUCGGCUUACGACCUGGGCUUUGACUUCGGCGAGGUCUUCUCAUUCAAGAAGUACAGCUGCGGGAUGCUGUUCAUUCGGUGCGCGGACCUGCCAGUGACUCAACGCAGCAAGCGCCGCCACUGCUUCCCCCUGAUCAUCACGCCCGGACCUUCGGAGCCUGACUCAAUGGAAGUCUACUUGCGCCCAACACUGACAGCAUUCAAGGCCUUCGGGCCUGGCACCGAGGGUAUGACCGUGGUGGACGCUGCUUCGGGCCGGACCUUUGGGCACAAGAUGUUUCUGGGCGGUAUCUUUGCUGAUACGCCUGCAAACCGGACGUUGAGUCUUUGGCUCUCCCAUGCGGCCAAGAACGCAUGUGGGCACUGCAUGCUGCUGGGAGAGACUGGCCCUAACGGCCAUGGUACAUACUUUCUGGGGUACAACAAGCCGGCGGACAUCAACACAGCGCUGAACGUCCUGUUGCCACCUGACUGUUGUGGAAAGUAAUCAUGACUUGGCAUCGGCGCUGGGUUGCCAUGGCAUUUCCUGCAUAGCGAAGGAGCUGUCGUACAUAGACAUGAAUAACGUGUGGGUUGUGCCCAUAGCGCAUGCAGCUCUGUUCGGUGUCAUCAAGAAGUUCUGGCACUUUGUGCUGGGCGAGUCCGUCAAGAAGGCUGAGAGUGACUUUGUGUUAAGUGUAGAGGCUCGUCGCAGAAUGACUGCACGUGCAUCCCAUUUCAUCAUUACUAAUGACUUUAACCGACCCUACCGUGACAUUGUCCCCUGCUCGUACUGGACCAUGGAAGAAUGGCUGCACUGGACGGACUGCUUCUCCCUAUACGUCCUGCACUCGCACGGAGGGGAUCCUAAUAAAGUUGUGAUGCCGGUAGUUACACGGAAAGAUGAUGCAGGGCUGGAUCGUGAGUUUGACCUGGGGAGAAUGUGGGAGAUGUUGCGCACGGCCAUGCUGCAUUAUCUGCGGUAUGACCAAUUCUCGGAGGCUGCGUGUGACAGUGCAGCAGUAACCUUCAAACAGUUCUGCUGUGACUCGGAGCUCGUGUUUGGCAUGAAGUUUGCUACCUACAACAUGCAUCUACUGGCAUGUAGGCUACGCGAGCAGGAGCGUGCACGUGGGCACGUGGCGUUUGCAACUGAGUUCUGGGUCGAGCGCGGUGUGCAGCAGGUCAAAAGUGGGGUCAAGUUCCGCACAACCAGGUGUCCAGAGCAAAUUAUUGUGAGUGGGUUCCUUGCAAGUGCCCGGCUCGCUGAGAUGCGAGCUGAGCGUGGCAGGGGAGGUGGCACCGCGGAUGGUGGUGCAACCGGGCCAGCCGGGGUAGAGGCCGGCCAUGCACUGGCUGCGGGUGGGAGCCAGUACAAGUCAUUUGAUGAGUGGGUGCCAGAUUACCGUGCAGCACACGUCACAUUGACGGGGGAUGUUUGCGCGGAUGUAGAGGAUGGUGAGGGUUCCCAGCUGCUUGGGCGCGGAUAUGUGGCGGGUCCGACCGAGCGGACAGUUGUCUUCGAAGCAUUCAUGAAGGCUUUUAGUAAAGAGGACUUUGCGACACGUUCAGGUGUGGUGGAGGGUGACUUGCAGAACGCAAGUGUUAUUAUAUUCAAACGUGCACUUGUACGACGUGACCAGGUUUUACUAUCUACAAAGUAUAACUUGACCACUGCACGUGAGUCAUUUUAUGUGAAGACUAAGUAUGCGCCAUCCCUUGACACCCCAGAGGACGAUCAGGACGUGUCUGUGUAUGUUGGAGAGGUUGCAUUCUAUGCUCGUGUGCAAACCGUGCGUGGGGUUGUAUGCCGUGUGGCGAUUUGCGAAUUGCAUAAGGUGGAGGUGGUACGGCCGCAGUCGUUGUACUAUGCUGCAGACUUUAGUCGCCGCAAGGCAACCCCCAACCAAGAACGCCAGCAGACGUUCCUGAACUCGUUCCCCGUGCUAUUGCAAGCCAUUGACUCGAAGGUGAUGCGCUGCAAGCUCGACGAGAAUAAAAGUUACUUCAUUACGUACCACUUGUUUUCUCAGUUGCCAACCAAUGAUGGUGAUUGGCAAGGAGCAGUGCAAGUUGGGUAGCCGCUCACGCGGCUGAUGCAGUCUGUAACAUGAUGAUGUC